AUGGUCUCCUACACCGAGAUCCUCUCCUCCAACGCCCUCAUCACCACCUCCACCACCCCCCUCCGCGUCGCUGUUUUCGUCGGGGGCACCUCCGGCAUAGGCAAGCUCACCAUCCGCGCCCUGGUCGCAACAGGCACCCCCAUCAAAAUCUACCUCCUCGGCCGAAAACCCUCCCAAUCGCGCACCCUCCCCUUCAUCAAAGAACUGCACACCCUCAACCCCAAAGCAGAAAUCAUCUUCACCGAAGCGGAAGUCUCCCUCCUUGUCGACGUAAAAAGAGUGUGCAGCCACAUUUCAUCCCUCGAAUCCAAAAUCGACUUGUUGUUCCUCUCCGCCGGCUUCGCACCCUGGGGGGGACAGCGGAAAGAAACUGCCGAAGGGCAUGAGGUGGCGCAGGCGUUGGAGUAUUACUCCCGCAUGCUCUUCAUUCUCCACCUUCUCCCUUUGUUGGACAGUGGAAGGGUGGUUAGUGUUUUGGGUGGGGGGAUGGAGACAACCUACUUUCUCGAUAUGGAAGACUGGGAGUUGAAAAAGGAGGGGAAUUUCACUAUUUGGAGGGCGAGGCCGCAGUAUAUUGGGAUGAACACCAUUAUGCUGGAUAGGUUAGCCAAGGAGAACCCCAACGUGACCUUUAUACAUUCACUGCCUGGGGCGGUGGAUACAGGGAAUGUAAGACGGGGUUGGGAUGGAAAGUCAAUUCUAGGAUGGGCUUUUAUCCGGUUUAUCGAGGGGGUGAACUGGCUGGUGGCCUUUUCUGACGAGGAGUCUGGACAGAGACAUUUGUUUCAGAGCACCAGCGCUGCUUUUGGGGGGCGCGGUGUGCCGUGGAGUGGUGAGGCGGGUAGAGCUACGGCGGGAGGGUUGUUUCUUGUUAGCAACAAGUGCGAUUGUACGCCUAAUACGAAGGUGGUGGAUCAGCUUCGUGACAAGGGGCAGGAGAAGUUGUGGGGGCACACGAUGGAAAUUCUCGGGCCAUAUUUGUAA